CAGAGAGAGUAACGAAGAGACAACAACAAACCUUCACAAAAGAAAAACAAAUCUCACCUCCUUCAAACAAGUAUCGCAGCAAUGGCCAAGGCUGAUAAGAAACCAGCAGAGAAGAAACCUGCGGCGGAAACCACCACCACCGCGGCGGCAGAGAAGAAGCCAAAAGCAGGGAAGAAGCUACCGAAGGACCCCUCCGCCGUGGCCGGAGACAAGAAGAAGAAGCGCACGAAGAAGAGCGUGGAGACGUACAAGAUCUACAUCUUCAAGGUGCUGAAGCAGGUCCACCCGGAUAUCGGGAUCUCGAGCAAGGCCAUGGGGAUCAUGAACAGCUUCAUCAACGACAUCUUCGAGAAGCUCGCCGGAGAGUCUUCCAAGCUCGCGAGGUACAACAAGAAGCCGACGAUUACUUCCAGGGAGAUUCAGACGGCGGUGAGGCUCGUGUUGCCUGGUGAGUUGGCGAAACACGCUGUCUCGGAAGGUACCAAGGCGGUGACCAAGUUCACGAGCUCUUAGAUCUGUGGAGAGAUUUGUAAUGGUUUUCACUAGCGGUCUUUUGUUUUAAAUCUUUUGGUUUAUUUUAUUAGGUCUUGUACUUUGGGAAAUUAGUCUUUUUUCUCGUAAUGAAAGAAAUAUAUGAAGUUCUACUUUGUUUAAA